GGCUCCGGGGCGGGGCGAGCAGCUCGAGCCCGGUUGAGGGUCGGUGUGGAUCGCUGGCACUCCGGCCCCCAGCCGCGCUGCGAUUCCCGGCCCGCCGCCGGGGUGUCCAAGGAAGCCGGGAAGGCGGCGGUGGAGGCGGGGCGGCUUCGGGCCCUGCGAGAGCUGGGGGAGGAGCGUGGCGGUGACGGCGGCGGCUCCAGAAUAGAAGGAGGCAGAAGAUCUCCUUUCCUCUUCUCAGACCCGGGAGCGUCCGGGACUCAGAGCCCGGAACUGGGGGGGACGCGGCGACUGCUGGGCCCGGGCUAGAACAAGCACUCUUACCAUGGAGCUUUAUCUCCAGCCCACCAUUUAAUCUCUCUGGAAAAAGAGCCAUGACUAUCUGCAAUGAUACUUCCUGACAAGAAGUUGAUACAACCGAAGGAAAGGCGAUUAACAGCUAGUGAACAGAAUUUCAUACAACCAAGAUUUUUGUGUUUAUCGCUUCUAACUCUAGUCUUCUGUUGCCCACUCUAAAAUCAGAGAUAAUCUCAGAGCCUGGAAAAGGCAAAAAAAAAAAAAAAAUACUUUUCAUCUGUAGUUUUUGAAAUCAAAGAAACUGCAAUGUCUAGGAAACAAAGCCAGAAGGAUUCAUCAGGAUUCAUUUUUGAUUUACAGUCUAACACUGUACUAGCCCAGGGAGGUACUUUUGAAAACAUGAAAGAGAAGAUAAAUGCAGUGCGUGCAAUAGUUCCCAAUAAGAGCAACAAUGAAAUCAUCCUGGUUUUGCAGCACUUUGAUAAUUGUGUGGACAAAACCGUACAAGCAUUCAUGGAAGGUAGUGCCAGUGAAGUACUCAAAGAAUGGACAGUAACAGGCAAGAAAAAGAACAAAAAGAAGAAAAGCAAACCAAAACCUACAGCAGAAGCAAGUAACAGUAUCCCAGAUUCCAGUAAAUUGGUUUCCAUUCAAGAGGAGCAGUCUGUGCCUUCCUCAGGAAAAGGUGGCAUUAAUGGUUACCAUGUCAAUGGUGCCAUCAAUGAUGCAUUGUCUGUGGACUCACUCAGUGAAGGUUUGGAGACACUUUCAGUAGAUGCCAGAGAACUAGAAGAUCCAGAGUCUGGCUCGCCAGAUACGCUGGAUAGAACAGGAUCUGUACUGGAGAAUGGUGUCUCUGACUUUGAGCCCAGGUCUUCGGCUGUACACCCUAUUCAGAAUGCCCAACAUUCCAAGAAUGCUACCAAAUCUCUCUCAAGAUCCACCAAAGGACCUCAGUUUUCCAGUCUGGGAAUGGAGGACGUUCCACUCUCCUCCACCAAUAAAAAGCUUGGUUCCAAUAUUGAAAAAUCUGUAAAAGACCUCCAGCGCUGCACAGUAUCUCUUGCACGGUAUCGAGUUGUAGUUAAAGAAGAAAUGGAUGCUUCCAUUAAGAAAAUGAAACAAGCUUUUGCUGAAUUGCAGAGCUGUUUAAUGGAUCGAGAAGUGGCAUUGCUUGCUGAAAUGGACAAAGUGAAAGCUGAAGCAAUGGAAAUUUUGCUUAGCCGACAAAAGAAAGCUGAACUUCUAAAGAAGAUGACUGAUGUGGCUGUGCGAAUGUCAGAGGAGCAAUUGGUCGAGCUCAGAGCUGAUAUCAAACACUUUGUUAGUGAACGUAAAUAUGACGAGGAUCUGGGACGAGUAGCCCGAUUCACCUGUGAUGUAGAGACUUUAAAGAAGAGCAUUGAUUCCUUUGGACAAGUGUCCCAUCCAAAGAAUAGCUACUCAAACAGAUCACGAUGUAGCUCAGUUAUAGCUGUGUCCUUGAGUGGCCCAAGUGAUGCCUCUGCUGCUUCCUCUUCCACCUGUGCCUCUGUUCCCAGCCUUACAGGUGCUAACAAGAGAAAUUCGGCACCAGGAGAGACUCCUACAGCCAACAGCAGCCGACCCUACCAGCCUCAUCGGGAGGUGUUGCCGGGGAACAGACGAGGAGGACAGGGAUUCAGGCCUCAAGGCCAAAAGUCCAGUGACCCCACGAGCCAAGGGCGACAUGACAGUAUGGGUCGUUACAGAAAUAGCUCCUGGUAUUCAUCUGGUUCUAAGUAUCAGAGUGCUGCACCCCAGGCACCUGGAAACACUAGUGAGUGGGGCCAGGCUCACUCUACAGGGACCAAUGGAACUGGAGCCAGCAUGGAGCCUUGUCCAUCCAAGCCCUCAUUCAAAAAGGGGCUCCCCCAGCGCAAACCCAGGACCUCUCAGCCUGAAGCUAUGAACUCUUGAGAGAAAUUCCAGUUGACCUUUCUUCUGUAUGCCACUUAAUUCAAUCUGAUAACUGGACUUUAGAAAACUUAUAGUUAGAUUUAAUAACAAAAAGAAGUUUAUGCAUAUCACUUUGUGCCAUUCUAAAUAUUUUUUUGUUUCUUCUCUCCUUAUUUCCUCUUUAUCAUUUUUGGAGGGGAAACUGUUUUUUCCUCUACCUUUCCCAGUGAUAUGGACUGAUUUUGAUUAGUCAUUUCCACCAGGAAUCAGGGGCAACUAUUUCCACGCUUCCCAAGGGUAAGCAACAUUCUUCCCACUACACCAAGUCUUCCAACUGCCUGAAGAGGCCUUGUUCAGCAAGUCCCCAUUGUUGAGGCUAUCUCAGGAGGAAGUGGGUCAGAGCUAGUCCUGUCACCAUUUCAGUCUAAGCAGAAGCCACAGGUGCCUGCCAAGUUCCCUCCAAAUAACAAUUUGACCAGAAGAGGCAAUUGAGGGGAUUGUAUACCACACUGGAUUAGCCAGAAAAGGGAAAUGUUAAUUGGUAAAAAGGAGAGAACACCAGGAAACAUUUGAGAAUCUGCCUCUAUCUCAGAAUGUGCCUGAGAUUUGACACUUGAAUUAGGGUUUCAGUCCCUUGCUUGGCACCGUAGCUUAACUGCAAUUUCUUCAAAAUGCCCAAAGCCUUGUUUCUUGUUACCUUAAGCUGUACCUUAGACUGCAAACCAGUCUAAGGAAGUCUGUGAAAGUAGCAUUUAAUUAAAGUCUUUUUUAAGUUUAAAAAAAAAAAUUGUUUCAAUGUUUGAGGAUUUUUUAAAUUGAUGUUCUCCCCCUUUGCUGAAUCCUGUUCUGAUCUUGAACCAAAUUUAUAGCAAUAUAAUUGGUAUUAAUCUAAGGUACCCAGAAAAAAAUUGCCACAGUAAAUCUUUAUAGAUAAAUAAAUAAAAAUAGCUGCAUAAAUGUUCCCACAUUUGUUUCAUAGCAGCAAGAGACUUCA